AUGGGAAAGGAAAUUUCAAUUCAAUCAAAUCAAUUAAUUCAAUAUCAUAAAAUGGAAUCAAUGAAAGAACAUAUUCAAAAUUUAAAUUUAAAAUUAAAAUUUCUUUUAACAAAUAGAAAUAUAGAUGAAAUAAGUAUUUCUACCAUUAAACAAUCUAUUUUGCGCAUAAAGGAAAAUAUAAAAUUUUGCCAAGAUAUAAAUUUAUCAAAAAAAAAAAAAAAAGCAACAGAAAUUUCAAAACAACCAAAUCAAUUAAUUGAAUAUCAUAAAAUGGAGUCAAUGAAAGAACAUAUACAAAAUUUAAAAUUAAAAUUAUUAUUUCUUUUAACAAAUGGAAAUAUUGAUGAAACAAGUAUAUCUACCAUUACACAAUCGAUUAUGUACAUGGAAGAAAAAAUAAAAAUAUGCCAAGAAAUAAAUUUAUCAAAAUAA